AUGAUGGAUUCAGUUGCUAAUUAUGGCAAGGGAUUGAAACUCCCUACUUAUCAUGAAACAAGGGUGACUUUCUUGAAAAAAGAGGUAGAAAAUAUGCACUUCACAUUGGAUAAGUAUAAAAAUGAGUGGAAAAAAACAGGUUGCACUUUAAUGUUAGAUGGAUGGACGGAUAAUAGAGAGAGGUCUAUCACAAACUUCCUUGUCAAUAGUCCAAAGGGAACAGUUUUUCUUAAAUCUAUUGACACCUCUGAUAUUUCCAAGAAUGCUGAAAAUUUAUUUCAAUUGCUUGAUUCUUUGGUGCAAGAAAUUGGAGAGGAGAAUGUGGUACAAGUAGUGACAGAUAGUGCUUCAGCUUAUGUUUCAACUGGUGAAAAAUUAAUGGAAAAAAGACUUAAGAUCUUUUGGAAUCCUUGUGCUGCCCACUGCAUUGAUUUGAUGCUUCAUGACAUUGGGAGGGAAUUGGCAAGACAAGGUGUCAUAAGAUUUGCCACUGCCUACUUAACUUUGAAGAAUAUAUAUCAACAAAAGAUUGGAUUAAGGUCUAUGUUUGCAUCUGAGGAAUGGGCUAAGAGUCCCUAUGCAAAGAAAAGUGAUGGCAUUAAUGUCCAAUUAAUUGUCUUGAGUGAUCCAAAGUUUUGGCCUGCUAUUAAAUUUUGCUUGAAAUGUGUGAUCCCAUUAGUAAAAGUUUUAAGGCUUGUAGAUGGUGAUGCAAAACCAGCAAUGGGCUACAUAUAUGAAGCUAUGGAUAGAGCAAAAGAGCAAAUCCGGAAAAAUUUUAAUGAUAUGCAAAGGAGAUAUAGACCUAUAUUGAGAAUUAUUGAAACUAGAUGGGAGCUUCAACUUCAUAGGCCUUUACAUGUAGCAGCUUAUUUUCUCAAUCCUAAGUUUCAUUAUGAUCCCAACUUCGUUGCAAAUGAAGAAGUGAGAGUUGGACUUUAUGAAGUGAUUGAAAGGAUGUGUCCUACAACUUUAGAGAGGUGUAGGAUUGAUCUACAAUUGGAGAAAUUUGAUAAAGCUGAGGGUUUGUUUGGAAAAGAAAUGACUAUACUUACAAGAGCAAAGAAGUAG